GCCAGCCGGCCCCUGUGUAGCUAUGGUUCAAAGAACAAUGUGAAACCACACAGGUUACAAAGUGAGUACAGAAAGGUCUCUAGAAGGCUUUGCCUUUUUCUUUUAGCUGGUGGGAUGGGGCGAGAUUAGAAGAUGGGACAAGGAAGGUGGAUACUUUGAACUGAACAGACAAGUUUAUUUGAUUUCUCACAGCUUGUUCUGUGGAAGAGUGUGGGUCCAAUUGCUUGUUGUUUUUUUCCUGUCCCUGGGAAUAUCCCUGCCAGCUUUAGGGCUCUGCACACUGCCCUGUUUGCUUCAAAACUUCUUUCCCCAACCUGGCUGACCUCACCAUGUCAAGACCUAGUUAUGCUUGAACAGGCAUUGGGCUCCAGAUGAGGCACCAAGGCUCAGCCUGUCCAGGAUGACACAGCUGGUUUGUGGAUACCCCCCGGUUGGGCUUUAUGGAGAAAUCUUCUUUGAUCACCAACCUGAAUCUCAGAGUAGCCUCCAUCUUUUCAUGGACAGAAUGAGAGGCCUUCUGUAACCAGAUAUAACUGGCCACUAUGAGGAAAUUGAUCAGGAUGGGGCCUCAAGAGAGGCGGUUACUCCGGACAAAGCGGCUUCAUUGGAGUCGCCUCCUCUUCCUACUGGGAAUAUUGAUCAUUGGUUCUACCUAUCAGCACCUUAGGAGACCCCGGGGCCUUUCCUCAUUGUGGGCAGCAGUCUCUUCUCAUCAGCCUGUAAAACUGGCCAGCCGGGACCUCCCCAGUGAAGAGAUGAUGAUGGUGAGCAGCGACCCUCCAAAACCUAGCUCUGAAAUGGGGGGCGAGAUGCUGGUACCUCAAGCCUCAGUGGGCAGUGAUGAAGCCACUCUGAGCAUAACAGUGGAUAACAUCCCCAAUAUGCCUAAAAGAACAGCCGAGAUGAUCUCAACAACCAAGAAUAUCUACAGCCCAACAGCAGCAGGUACAGAAAGAAGGAAGGAAAACACCCCAACAUUCAGUAGAACACUGACUUACUACACACCAACUUCAAGCAGACAAAUAGUAAAAAAAUAUACCCCGAAAUCCAGGGGAGAAAUGAAGAGCUACAGCCCAACUCAAGUCAGUGAAAAGGUGAAGUACACUCCUUCUCCACAUGGUAGAAGAGUAGGCACUUAUGCUCCAUCCACAUUCAUAACAAUGGACACAAGCCAUGUGAUCACCCCCAGGACAACAGUGAAGGACAGUGACAUUAUGGCAACCUAUAAAAUACUGGAAACCAACUCUCUUAAGAGAAUGGAGGAAACCACCCCAACCACUCUCAAGGGAAUGGUUCAUAGCACCCCACCUUAUCUGACACAUGAGGUAGAAACAAAUGUUUUGACUUCUCCAAGGAACGUCGUGGAAAAAAACAACCUGACUCCCCCCAGAAGAAUGGAAAAUAACAGCUCAACCCAUCCCUGGGGGUUAGUGGGAAAGAACAACCUGAUGACUCAGGGAACAGUGCUGGCGCAUACCCCAGCCACCUCUGAGGGGCAGGUGACAAUAAGCACCAUGGCAGGCAGCAGUCCAGCAGAAACCAAAGCCUCCACUGCUGCCCGGAGUGUUAGGAAUCCCUCAUCCAGGACCAGUGUAUCAGCCAUCAAAACAGCCCCAGCCACAAUCUGGAGGUUGGCAAAGAAACCUUCCACAGCACCCAGUACCUCAGCAACCCCCAUGGUCAGGGAAAAGCUGACCACGCAGGUCCAUCACUGUGUGGUUGUGAAGCCAACCCCAGCCAUGCCCACCACUCUCUCCCCAAGCCUCACAACGGCCCAGCUCCCAGAGGAGCUCAGUCCCAGUCCUUCAGUGCUGCCUUCUAGCUUGCCAGACCUCCACCCCAAGGGAGAGUAUCCCCCAGAUUUGUUCAGUGUGGAGGAGCGGCGGCAGGGCUGGGUGGUCCUGCACAUUUUCGGCAUGAUGUAUGUGUUUGUGGCCUUGGCCAUUGUUUGUGACGAGUACUUCGUUCCAGCCCUGGGUGUCAUCACAGACAAGCUGCAGAUCUCCGAGGAUGUGGCAGGCGCCACAUUCAUGGCUGCUGGAGGCUCUGCCCCCGAGCUCUUCACGUCCCUCAUCGGUGUCUUCAUUUCCCACAGCAACGUGGGCAUCGGUACCAUUGUGGGCUCUGCUGUGUUCAACAUUCUCUUUGUCAUUGGCACUUGUUCCCUCUUCUCCCGAGAGAUCCUCCACCUCACCUGGUGGCCCUUAUUCCGUGAUGUCUCCUUCUACAUCCUUGACCUGAUAAUGCUCAUCCUCUUCUUCCUGGACAGCCUCAUUGCUUGGUGGGAGAGCCUGUUGCUGCUGCUGGCCUAUGCCUUCUAUGUGUUCACCAUGAAGUGGAACAAGCAAAUUGAGGUCUGGGUGAAGGAGCAGCUCAGCAGGAGGUCAGCGGCCAAGGUCACGGCCUUAGGAAACCUCAGCAAGCUCCCAUCCUUGCUGACCCGAGGGAGCAGCUCGACCUCUCUGCACAACAGCACCAUCCGCAGCACCAUCUACCAGCUCAUGCUCCACAGCCUGGACCCCCUGAGGGAAGUUCGCCUCGCCAAGGAGAAGGAGGAGGAGAGCUUGAAUCAAGAGGCCAGAGCCCAACCCCAAGCCAAAGCAGAAAGCAAACCAGAGGAGGAGGAGCCAGCCAAGUUCCCUGUGGUCACGGUCACAUCAGCCCCUGCUCCAGACAUCAAGGGAGAUCAGAAGAAGAAUCCGGGUGGUCAGGAAGAUGUGGCUGAAGCUGAAAGCACAGGUGAAAUGACAGGCAAAGGGGGCAAAACUGUUGGUGAAGGUGAAACCGAAGAGAAAAGUGGGGGUGAAACUCAACCAGAGGGUGAAGGUGAAACCAAAGACAAAAGUGGAGGUGAAACUCAACCAGAGGGUGAAGGUGAAACUCAACCAGAGGGUGAAGGUGAAACCAAAGACAAAAGUGGAGGUGAAACUCAACCAGAGGGUGAAGGUGAAACCAAAGACAAAAGUGGAGGUGAAACUCAACCAGGGGGUGAAGGUGAAACCAAAGACAAAAGUGGAGGUGAAACUCAACCAGGGGGUGAAGGUGAAACUCAACCAGAGGGUGAAGCAGAAGGAAAAGGAGACAAUGAAGGUGAAGGUGAGGGUGAAAUCUGCACAGAAGACGGUGAAAUGAAAGGUAAUGAAGGCAAAACUGAAAGCCAAGAACUCAGUGGUGAAAAUCGUGAUGAAGCCAAAAAUGAUGAGAAAGAUAUAAAAGAUGAAGGGGGAAGUGAUGGAGGAGAUAGGGAAGAGGAGGAAAAGGAGGAGGAAGAGGAGGAAGAAAAGGAGGAGAAGGAAGAGGAGGAGGAAGAGGAGGAGGAGGAGGAGCAGGAGGAGCAGGAGGAGGAGGAGGAGGAGGAGCAGGAGGAGCAGGAGGAGGAGGAGGAAAAUGAAGAGCCGCUGUCCCUGGACUGGCCUGAAACCAGGCAGAAGCAGGCCAUUUACCUCUUCCUCCUGCCCAUCGUGUUCCCACUCUGGCUGACAGUCCCUGACGUCCGAAGGCCGGAGUCAAGGAAGUUUUUUGUUCUCACCUUCCUGGGAUCCAUCGUGUGGAUAGCCAUGUUCUCAUACCUCAUGGUGUGGUGGGCUCACCAGGUUGGUGAAACAAUAGGGAUUUCCGAAGAGAUUAUGGGCCUGACCAUCCUUGCAGCAGGCACAUCAAUCCCUGACCUCAUCACCAGUGUGAUUGUGGCUCGAAAGGGCCUGGGAGACAUGGCUGUGUCAAGCUCUGUGGGCAGUAACAUAUUUGAUAUCACUGUGGGCUUGCCCGUUCCUUGGUUACUUUUCUCUCUUAUCAAUGGAUUACAGCCAGUGCCAGUCAGCAGCAAUGGCUUGUUUUGUGCAAUUGUUUUGCUUUUUCUCAUGCUCCUGUUUGUGAUCUCUUCAAUUGCGUCAUGUAAAUGGAGAAUGAACAAGAUCCUGGGCUUCACAAUGUUCCUACUUUACUUUGUAUUCCUGAUCAUCAGUGUGAUGUUAGAAGAUCGAAUCAUAUCCUGUCCUGUAUCUGUCUGAGUCAGUCACUCUUGCUCACAAUGGGCAUAGAUCAGAAGACUAUGCCGGAAGUUACUGUUAUCUCUUGUGACAUUAAUGAAAGAACGUACAUGAUCCUGGAAAGUGAACUGAGUGACCAAGGACCUCUGAUGUGAAUGUGAUCUGAGACUCAAGUUUGUCCUUGGAAACACCUGCAGCUCACUGUGGAUUAAGAACCUCACCUCUGGAGGGGUGGAGUUUCUACCCGACUCAUGCAGACAUCUAUUACGUGGAGGCAGCAGAAGGACCCCUGGAGCCAGAGGGUUUUCUGAAUGAUAACUGGGGUCAAAGGUUGGGGUAGGCACAGCAGCUGUAAGACAAGCGUCUGUGCUGACCAUUCCCUGACCAUUUCUGAAGGGCUGCUGGCCCAAAAGAUGCAGAUGUGAGACGUGGUCUACAUCUCAGCCUUCCUGGCCUCUGCCUCAAGCACACAUUGCAAUUUUCUGUCUCCUCUCUUUCUGUUCAAAAUGUGAGGUUCUAUCAGGUUUGUAAUCACCAUAGGUUCAGUUAUUGAUGAGUUUAAGGAUCCAAGGUUACAGGAAAAAAGAGGUAUAACAGGAAUCAAUGAUCAUUCCACGUUUUGUAAUCCACUGCAUCUGGAUCUAUACCAGCAUUUUCUACCUUAAAAGGAGGACUACUUUAACUCUUAUUGUUGUGUUUCUGAAAAGUGAAAUUAAACAAAGCAGCCUGAAAAAUAAACAUUUAUAAUUCAACCUUGAAUUGGAAGGAGUGGAGAUUAGGGAAGAAAACUACUCUAGAGGCUAUUUAAAAGUAUUAUUUAUUAGAACAUCCAAGUUCAUGUUGUCUCCAUCAGCGGUCACCUUGAGGAAUUAGACAUUCUAACAAAGCUGUCCUGGCUCCACCCCUCCAGCAUGUUCACACCCGACAAUGACAUUUGAGUGGAGAGGUAAGGGAGGUCAUUCUAAAGAGUCCAAAAUCAUCAGAGCCACAUCUGCUUUAUAAAGUGAAAGAUCCAGUGGGGCAAUGCUAUUUUUGUAUGUCAACCUAGAUAGGAUUACAAAGCAAGACUGAUUUCUUCUGUGGUUUAUGAAUGGAUCUUAAGAUAAUUACAAAGGGGAAAUUCCAAGAAUGCAUAACACAAUGACAACGUGGUGAGAAAAAGUGUAUUAUUACUUCCAAGGAAUCUAGUGUAAAGGACACUUGAAUUUUUUAAAAAUGUGGUUAAACAUUUUAUGUGGAAUUUGAUGAGUCUGUGUAUUAAAUACCACUGCUUGCUGCUUUUACUAGAAUCAAGUUAAGGGACAUAUUAGAAAUAAAACAUUUUACUAUCACUGGCUUCAGAGCAAAAUGAGCUCAGGUGACUGCAGAUUAUGAUGGCAAAUAUGGCUUUAAUUACAAACAUGAGGAAUGAGUCACUGAAGAUGAAAAGAUAGGACAGAUGUGAUGUGAAAAAAUCCAAACAUUUAGGCAUUGAGCAAUGGCUGAGGGGUUCCAAGUAUUCCGUCUUUUAAGAUGGACUGGUUAAUUAAUUGCCUCGCUACUCCAGGAUUCCCAUUCUUUGGAAAUAAUUUUUAUUAAAUUUCAAUAAACUGUGAAUCCCAAUGUAUUUUAUUUUACAACAUGGAUGGGCUCAUCCUUAUCUUUAGGUCACUUCUUCAGAAUCCUCCCAAGAAGACUGAGAAGAGUAUGGAAUCAUCUUCCAAUUUCACAUUCUUAAAUUAAUUAUCCUUAAUCCUGAUGCUGCUACACUGCUGGGUUUCCAAAGCCAUGGCCUAAGAACAGGAGGAAAGAGAAAUACCUUUGGGAGGGAGGUCCCAACCUCAAAAUUCUGGGUGCUAACAGGUGUCUGCAACCAGUUCCAGUUAGCUUCGGGGAUGCCAACCUCCUCACCCACAGCCUAGGAUCUGACACUUUUCCUCAGACUGAGAAAGGAGUGAUGAACCGCAAAACGCUGUGUAAUGAUAAAGUGCUGGAAUAUCCAUGUAAUGAUUAAAACCAACUCUAAUAAUCUCA